AUGCUGAGACAAAGAGACGGAAAACGAAAUAUUCUUGAAUACGAAGAGACUUCUGUAAAUGGUUCAUGGAAUGCCAGUUGUCCUGGAAAACAUUCUAUCUAUCUAUCUAUCUAUCUAUCUAUCUAUCUAUCUAUCUAUCUAUCUAUCCUAAUCUGUUCCUAUCUAUCUAUUUAUCUAUCUAUCUAUCCUAAUCUAUCUAUCUAUUUAUCUAUCUAUCCCUUUUCGUGUGUAAGUUCAUAUAAAUCUGCGUCAACCCAUUCAAGUCUAAUUCAGAACAAUCUAUCUAUCUAUCUAUCUAUCUAUCUUAUUCUGUUCAUUAUCUAUCUAUCUUUGUCGCUUUCUACCUAUUUCGCUUUCUAUCUAUUUAUCUAUCUAUCUCUUUCUAUCUAUCACUGCGCUUUUUUUUAUCUGCCUAACAAUCGCAUCUCUGUUCAUUAUCUAUCUAUCUAUCUAUCUAUCUAUCUAUCUAUCUAUCUAAACAUGGCUGAUCAUUAUCUAUCUAUCUAUCUAUCUAUCUAUCUAUCUAUCUCUGUAUCAAACAUUUGA